UGUCUUGGUGGGCUAAUUCUCCUGGGGUCAGGAUGAUUUCUGUGCAGGCUGCAGUGAGCCGUGAUUGCGCCAUUGCACUCCAGCCUGGGCAUCAGAGGGAGAUCCCAUCUCAAGAAAAAAAAAGGUUAUAAAGUGCUGCUGCAUUUUCAUAUUACGAUUAUUGACCACUGAGGGUGACUGUGCUGUGAGGCCCGCCGGAGGCACCAGAAGGCACAAGCCUCCCACUGCCCGUUUCCCCGCAGAGCCCCGCAGAUCUCGCAGUCGCGGGCGCCCCCACCCCACCUCUGCCCAAGGCCAGGGUCGCAGUCCCAGCAGGUGACAGCAGUCGCGCUCCGCGUGGGGCAGCGGCGGGCGGAAAGGGAAGCCGGGCGGGGCCAGGGGAUCAAACAGGGGCGCCAGUCCCGCCCAGCCCCAGACCUGCGGCGCUCAGGAGUCCGGGCGCCCUCCAGGAGCCGCGCCCAGGCCCCGCCCCUCCCGCUUCCUGGGCUCCGAUUGGCCGAGCCACCGUGGGGGCGUGUCCGGUGGAGCCGGCUGGGACCUGGGCGGAGCGGGUUGGGACCUGGGCGUAGCAGGCGGGGACCCUGGCGGCCGCGGUGCGAACUCGCGGGCUGGGCACAGGGCCGGCGCAGGAGCCGGCGGCUGGAGACGAUGGUGGACCACUUGGCCAACACGGAGAUCAACAGCCAGCGCAUCGCGGCCGUGGAGAGCUGCUUCGGGGCCUCGGGGCAGCCGCUGGCGCUGCCGGGCCGAGUGCUGCUGGGCGAGGGCGUGCUGACCAAGGAGUGCCGCAAGAAGGCCAAGCCGCGCAUCUUCUUCCUCUUCAACGACAUCCUGGUGUAUGGCAGCAUCGUGCUCAACAAGCGCAAGUACCGCAGCCAGCACAUCAUUCCCCUGGAGGAGGUCACGCUGGAGCUGCUGCCGGAGACACUGCAGGCCAAGAACCGCUGGAUGAUCAAGACGGCCAAGAAGUCCUUCGUGGUGUCGGCCGCCUCCGCCACGGAGCGCCAGGAGUGGAUCAGCCACAUCGAGGAGUGUGUGCGGCGGCAACUGCGGGCCACGGGCCGCCCGCCCAGCACGGAGCACGCGGCGCCCUGGAUCCCCGACAAGGCCACGGACAUCUGCAUGCGCUGCACGCAGACGCGCUUCUCCGCCCUCACAAGGCGCCACCACUGCCGCAAGUGCGGCUUCGUGGUCUGCGCUGAGUGCUCGCGCCAGCGCUUCCUGCUCCCGCGCCUGUCCCCCAAGCCUGUGCGCGUCUGCAGCCUCUGCUACCGCGAGCUGGCUGCCCAGCAGCGGCAGGAGGAGGCGGAGGAGCAGGGCGCGGGGUCCCCAGGGCAGCCGCCCCACCUGACGCGGCCCAUCUGCGGAGCGUCCAGUGGAGAUGAUGAUGACUCCGACGAGGACAAGGAGGGCAGUAGGGACGGCGAUUGGCCCAGCCGCGUGGAGUUCUACGGCUCGGGCGUGGCCUGGUCUGCCUUCCACAGCUGACCCCCGGCCUGCAGAACAUCUGUCCCCAAGCCAGCUCCACUGCCCACGCCCCCGAGAGGGUAGCUCCAGAAGCUGCCCAGGGCUCCGGGAGCCCACCCCAUGGUGGCAGGGGCAACGGUGGGGAGUGGCUCUUUCUGGACUCCCAGUGCCUUUUUGCUGGACACUGUGUCCUUCUGACUUCACUGCAGGUAAUGCCUUUCCCUUCAGGAAGCCCCAGAACACCCAGACCUCUUGGGAACCAACGCCAACUCCCGCUCUGCAGGCUGCUGCGGCAGCUCCAGAUGGCCUCCUGAGCUGGACCACCCCAGGUCUCCAGACACCUAGGGACCAGAGCGGGUUUUGGAACAUAGACGGAAGACAGCACGGGAAUGUAGCCGCAAGCCACAGAACCCACCCUCCCCUCGACAAGCACACCCCACUGAAGAGCCUGAAUCCCAGGAGGCCUGCUGGAAGCUCAGGCCUACCCACCCACCACGCUGGUGCCCACUGCCUGGCCGGCAAAGCCCUGCCAAUCAGACAUACGGGCUCCCUGAAGCCCAGCCAGAGAUUGCCAUGCUGUGGAUGCCACCAGGCCCAGGGACUGCAGCCGCGACGCCCAGGGCAGCUGGGUGAGGACUCUGUCCUGUGUCACCUCUCUCGAGGUGUCCAGCUGUCUCGUGCCUUUUUGUCCUGUCCUCAGCUCUCCCUGCGGUCAGUGAAACCAGUGUUUUCUGUUAGGACUAAGUUGCAAGAACAGAAACCCUGCCCACACUUAAUAAUAAAAAAGGAAGUUUAUUGAUGGGUGGUUGCAAA